UUUUUCCGAUCUUGCCGAAUUGACGUUUUUACGAACUUUUCUUUCUCUAAGUGCCUGAGAACCUCGCCAGAAACUGGAUCGAAACAAAAAUGGGGUUAAAGGACUUGGAGAGAAUUAAGGUCCGCCAGGACUACCGGAAUCUAUGGCACAAGGAUUUGAUGAGCACCAUGACUGCCGACCCUGGCUAUUGUUGUUUUGCGUGUUGCUGUCCAUAUUGUGCUUCUUUCAAACUUCGCAAACGAGCUCUUUACGAUGAUAUGUCAAGGUAUCGAUGUUGUGGAGGAUAUAUGCCAUGCAGCGGAAGGUGUGGAGAGAGACACUGCCCUACAUGUUGUCUUUGCUGUGAGGUUUUCUGUUGCUUUGGACCUUCGGUUUCCUCAACUCGCUACAUAAUACAAGAUGAGUUCAAUAUAAAGACAACAGGAUGUGAUAACUGCAUUAUUGGAUGCAUGGUCUGUCUCCAACAAGUAGCAUGCAUUUGUAACAUCCUUGCUUGCCUAACAGGAAGUGGUGAAAUCAAUGAUAUUGCUGAGUGUCUGAGCUGUAUCGCUGAAUCGGUUUAUUGCUCGGUUUGUGCUUGCAUGCAGACGCAGCACAACAUUGAACUGAACAAAAGAGAUGGCAAGUUUGAGACUACUCCACAUCCAGUAAUGGCAGCUCCUCAAGCGCAGCAGAUGUCACGCAGCGUCGAUGCCUCAGCUCCUUCCCAAGGAUCUCCCCCAAUGGGAUAUCCACCUCAAGGAUCUCCUCCACCAAUGGCAUAUAUGCAUCCUCCGGCAUAUGGGCAGCCUAUGAACCCCCACGGCGGCCAUGAUCCAUACGCUCCUGUUGCUUAUCAUGGCCAACAUCCACAAUAUCCACCUCAAAUGUAUCAUCCACAUGCUCCUUAUAUUCCAGGGCAUCCACCAGGUGCUUACCCUGCAGGUCCACCUUCAGGUCCUUAUGACUCGGGUUUUAUUCCAGGUCCAGAAUCUGGUCCUUAUCCUCCUUCACGACCUCCUCCGCCUCCUCCUGGCUAUCACGCAGAAGCUCCAAGUGCACCUCUUGCUCCUCAUGAAGAACACCCCGACACUGAGCGUCCUAGCAGCAAUCCUCCGGUUCCUCCCAAGUGA